AUGCAUGUCUUUGAAGCAGCUGGGCGCGACGUGAUGGAGUUGAGCCGUGACAAAGUGGUAAUGAAGGCAGAGUUCGACAAUUGCGGGAGAAAACCUAGGAAGAGGAAGAGGUGUGAAGAGCAUAUGUAUGGAAUGACUGGAGAAUUAACUGUAGAUGGCAUCACGGAGGUGUCGUGGAUUCGACGCAAGGACUACCACCUGCUCACCGUGGGCGUCACCACCUACACCCGCGACGCGCGCUACGAGAUGGUGCACGGCCAGCACUCGGACGAGUGGACUCUGAAGAUAAAAUACGUGCAAAAUAAGGACGCUGGACUUUACGAGUGUCAAGUGUCGUCUCAUCCGCCUACCAGCAACUUCAUCGAGCUUCGCGUUGUCGAGGCGCGCGCCGAGAUCGCGGGCUCGGCCGAGAAGUACCUGAAGGUGGGCAGCUCGCUGCGGCUGGAGUGCGCGCUGCGCCAGAGCACGGCGCCGCCGCUCUAUAUCUUCUGGUACCACAACAACCGCAUGAUCAACUAUGACAGCGGCGUCAACGUCACCACCGACAAGGAGGCCAAGACCAGCACGCUGCACAUAGGCGCCGCGCAGCGCGCCGACUCGGGCAACUACUCGUGCGUGCCCAACAACGCGCAGCCCGCCAGCACCUACGUCCACAUUCUCAACGCUGGGGAGAACCCGGCGGCCAUGCAGCACGGCCUGCACGGGCUGGCCUGGCUGCGCUGCCCGUCCUCGUGGCUGCUGCUGGGCUGCGUGCUGCUGUCGGCGUGCGGGGGCGUCGGCGGGGGCAUCGGCGGCGGCGCCGCGCUGCGUCCAAGGCCCCCUAGGAGACGCUCCUCCGGGCCCUAGCGGCCCUGGCCACCCGCCGCCAUUUCAUGAACCGACGCCAUCUUCUUGGCUUCUCGCUUCUCGGGAGGUGAAGUGCUCCGACGACUGUGCGGGUUGAAGAGCGAGGGAAAUACAGAAAGAGAGAGUGUGUGUCUGUGUGUGCACCGUAUGUCAGCUGAAUCUUGUUUAAGAUUUUAAUCUCUUAUAAAAAAAGUAGUGUGCCGUUCUCAUGCAGUUUAUUAAAAAUCGCAGUGCGACGUUUUCACGGAACACUGUUGUAAGAAAAAUAUAAAAAAUCUUUUACAAAAAAAAAUGAAUAAAUUUAAAAGUGUACGCGAGACAAUGCGUUUAUGUUUGAAGCCUGUUGUGUCUCUGAUAAAUAUGUUACAAUCCACCCUUUUGAGUGUACAGACUUUGCAAAGUAUAUGUUUAAUAAGACAAAAUUCGUUUUUUAGAUGAGCAUUUUCGAAUUGAAAACGAACGCGACACGAAGCAAUCUUUUUUUGACUUCACGCGUGGUAGGAUGGUCUUUAGAACAAGAAGAGUAUGCUCGUGAACAUUCCGUGUGUGGAUAAUUAUUGGGAAGUGAGUUAUAGAAAUAAUGUGAAGAACUGCUCAGGGUGAUCCUUUUUGAAGAGCUGUGCUCAAACUCUACCACACGACACGAAUUUUCAUUCACAUUUCACUGUAUCUUUUCAGCUGAAGGACAUUGGAAUAUGUGAUAACAUACAUGUAUAAUACUGUAUAUUUGAAUGUUCAACGAAAUUAUAUGAUUCAUAUCAAAA